AUGCGUGGCGUGUUCCUGACCAAGCGGACGUGGCACGUGGUCAACCGGGAGACCACCCCCACCUUCGCCGAUCCUCGCGCCAGUGAUGAGUACGUCAAGACGAACAACAUUGCGCUCGGCUUGAUGUUAAUUCACAUGAGCGCGGACUAUCAUCACGUGGUUGAUGACUGCGACGAGGCAUGGGUUGCGUGGACACGGUUGAAGACUCUAUACGGCGGAUCGAAGAAGGCGGGACGGAUCUUCUUGAAGCGUGUUGACGAUCAUCGGUUUCCUACCAGUAUUGUUAACCGUGACCGGUCCAAUCCGAACCGCCUGUUCAGCUUAGUAUUUACGGCGUAG